UUCAUCUUCUGGCUAACGUUACGUUACGUUACUGCCCACGAAGUCUGGGGCUAGAACGUAGGCUACUGUGCUUGCUUAUCAGCUAGUGCUAGCUAGCUAGCUAGUUAAAGUACAACAGGCAAUGAGUUGGCACUGCUGAUAUAAGUAGGAGAAAGUUCUACAAAAUUAUAGAUUCACUGUUGGAUGGCCAAACAUUUCGAUCAAGUUAAUCUGGGCUGUUUUUAUUUUACUUUUAGCUACUGAGUUGCUCAAAUCUUCACAUUGGCAGAAAUGGAGUCAUCUCUUGAAUUGACCACUUCUCUGCCUGGGACGUACCCACCAUUGCGGUCUCGGAUCUUUAAAAUUAUAGUUAUAGGAGACUCUGGUGUGGGUAAGACAUGCCUAACCUACAGAUUCUGUGCGGGAAAGUUUCCGGACAAAACUGAGGCCACCAUUGGGGUAGACUUUCGGGAGAAAGUUAUCGAGAUUGACGGCGAGAAAAUCAAGGUCCAGUUGUGGGACACGGCUGGUCAGGAGCGGUUCCGUAAGAGCAUGGUCCAGCACUACUACCGCAACGUGCACGCGGUCGUCUUCGUCUACGACGUCACCAACGCGGCCAGCUUCCGCAGCCUGCCGGCCUGGAUUGAGGAGUGCCGGCAGCACUCUCUGGGACAGGAGGUGCCCCGAAUCCUGGUGGGGAACAAGUGCGACCUGCGCCACGCCCUGCAGGUCAGCACCGAGCUGGCGCAGAAGUUUGCCGACUCCCACAGCAUGCCGCUCUUCGAGACGUCCGCCAAGAACCCCGACGACAACGACCACGUGGAGGCCAUCUUCAUGACCGUGGCCCACAAACUGAAGAGCCAGAAGCCCCUGGUGCUGAGCCAGCCCCCGGGUGCAACAGGGGCCUUGCCUCUGAGGAAGAGCGAGGAGGAGGAGAGGAGCUGGUCCUGUAGCUGCUAAGAGCGCCAGGAAAGAACUGCCCCCUCCACCCGCCCACCCACCUUCCUGCUCAUUUUCCUCUCUCCUGUUUUCCUUUAAGGAACAGGUGACUGGUGAGGUGUCAGGUCACCCACAUUUGCCUGGGGAGGUGGUGGUGGGGGCUGUCCUGAGGCUGACUCGCUCUUGGGACGGUUGAAUCUGCAAAGACGGAAAAUGGUGUCGGGCUUCAGGGUUCAGUAUUGAAGCGUCUCCAUGGUCAUCGUUUCCUAGCAGCGGACUGUAUCCGGGCAGGACGCAGCAUCAGCCCCGCCCCCUCAGUCACCGUGCUUUUCAGUGGACGACCCUAGUACCUCCCCCCUCACAUUUCUGUUUUUAAGUGCAUUUCUUCUCAUCAGCUGGUCAGUCUUGAAACCAGCAAGACAACUGUGGUGCAAGAAGGGGAACUGCACACAUGCAGGCAGGGGCCCUCACAGUGUCUGUCUUCGAGGUGUCGUCUGUGAUUGGUCUUGCGUUUCCAGAAAAAAAGGAAACUUGUUGAGGAACUGAACUCGUGAGGGGAUGCUCCUGUGACAGUAUCCUUGGCGUGCACUAUUCUUGUGAUGGUCUCGUGGAAGAGUGCGGCAGCCGUUGACCGCGUGGUGUCGUCUCGGGUAUGUUUCAGCUCAUCGGCAGCUCUAAUGGCUGCUGUGUGGCUGUGGCGAGAUGCCAGGCUGGCCCGGUUCGACUUCUUCAGACGCCAGUGUGGGCACAAAGGUCACACGUGACCAAAGCGAAUCUUCAGACUGGUGGUUGCUUCCACAUAAGGUUCAUCAGCUCCACGUCCAUGGGACAGUGAGCUCAGCUACAUAUGCCUUCCACCGCAAAGGACAAUUUUCACAGGGGUUAAAAAAAAGUCCUUAUUUCACUGUAGUCACUGAUUUUCAGAGCCCUGGACACUUGCCUCUAUAUUCACACACUGUGAGAUUCUGAUUUUAAAACAUCACUGCAGCUGUCAUUAAGGAAUUGUGACAAGCCAAAUUUGGAUUAUGGACAUUAAUAUAGGAUUUCUGAAGGCAUUCCAAGGUCUUGCAGACCAACACAACACCCCCAUAGUUCUCCUUUAUAACGUCAGCUAAAUUGGUUGUGGGGUCUGAUAUUCACAUUUGUAUUAUUUUUCAUGUCUUGAACUUAAAAUCUUAAUAUGGUGUACCCUUUCUCUUGUAUAGAUAUGAAUGUAAUUAAUAUGUAAAAUAUUGUUAUUGAACUUAGUGGAACCCUCCUGACUUGAGAUAUACUAACUGCAGACUACCUACAACAGACUGUGUGCCUAUGCUGAGCGUCAUUUUAUCAGCUGCCAUGUUAAGCCAAUAGCAGACGUGUCAAGUGGUACUUUCAUAGUGGAAAGAAGGUCGGCUCCAAAUGUUUACGUGUCCUGUGUGUGAACUCAAAUUCCAUCUGUUGCGCACAAAGCUGCCUGAAUCUGUUUGGCUAGGAAGCCACUAUAAAUCAAUAUAGUCAUUUACAAUAAGUUAACACUCCAAAAUACUUCUAAUGUAUGGUAUGAGAACACGGGUGUCUGUGAAACCAAAUGGCUUUAAAACUGAAAUAUAUUUCAAUAAAGCAGCGCACCCUUCACCAUCGUGGUUAUAAAUCAGCAGUUUUUCAAAUAAGCUCCUGUAUUUGGGAUAUUUCCCCAUAUGGAUUUUGGUCCAUCAAGGCAAUAGGAUGACAGGGUAAAGUGGCAUUGAAUUCUGGGGUUUUCUUUCACAAAAGGGUUUUUAAGGCCUUGUGAUAUAGUACUGUACUAUGGUUCCUUCAUAAGGGACAUGCACAAUAAGGGAAAAACAUCUGAAGAAUACCGAUCUGCAAAAUUUCAAAUAAAAAGGACCAUUUGCCUGUAAGUCUGUGUUCGUGACAUAGGAAUCCACUACAUUAAAGUAUAAACAGUUGUAUGUGUGUAACACUGAUGACCAACUACAGCUAUGCUCGGGGAAAAGAGCAGGGAAUAUUGAACAUGAGUUAUCUGCUUAAGGAUAUUGUUCUUUUAAAAGGGUAGAAGUAAUAAAUACUCUUAUGAAUGGGCAGUGGGCCUUGAGCUUUCUUUCCCUCUGUUGCUUUUGCUUUUCCUUCUCUGGUUUUCCCACCAUUUAUUUAAACAGUGUUCCGUUGGGAAUCCUUGCCUUACAGUACGGUGAAGAGUGUGGUUAAUGAGGUGAUUGUGUUAAACUGACCUUACAGUAACUCUAUGUUGGCUGACACAGUGGGACCCUAACAUUUACCGGACAAAGGUUUUGCUAACUUUAGAGAAUUGACACUUAACCCUUCCUAACUGUAGAAAUGGCUGUGUUUCAUUUCGCUCAAAGCGACUGUUUUUGUUGCCGGUUCAGGAAGCAUAGAUUCACUUGAUCCCUCUGCGGUUUCUAAAAUGGAAACCUCUUCACAGUAACUGCAGAGUUGGGGGACCUGGAGACUUCAGUGUGAAUGCAUACUCCAUACAUGCAAUCCCAUACUGAUUUGUAUUUUAAUUUCAUCAAUACUUCUGAUGCAGUCUUGGACAAGGACAAGCUCUGUCAGUAUAACCCUUCAGCUUUAAACAUAUGUCUGAAGGUGUUGGAGCCGCCCCCCAACCCCAACGCAACCACAUAUAAACUAUAGACCAGGCCUACCCAACCCUGUUCCUGGAUAUCUACCAUCCUGUAGGUUUUUUUUUUUGCAACCCUAAUUUAGCACUCCCGAUUCUACCAAUUCACAGCUCAACCAGAUCUCUAGCUGUUGAAUGAGGUGUGUUUUGUUAGGGUUGGAGUGUGAAAAGCUACAGGACAAUAGAUCCCCGAGAACAGGGUUGGGCUGCCCUGCUAUAAACUAUCCAUAGUCACUAAAGUAAACUAGCAAAUAGAAUUUCCCGAAAAUUUCCGUUAGCCUGAUGUGCAUCUUACUUUUAUCAGGCCUAACUGUAUGAAAGACAUUCCAAAUUAAGUCAUCUUUCCUCUGUAUUUCCAGUAGCAGACUAACCACUAAAUGCUAAAAGUCUCUGUCGCGCUUCUUAAAGAUAUCCAAUGUUUUGGAACUGUUGCAAUGUACUGUGUUUCCUGUAAUGAAGACAACUUAAUUGUACUAUCACAGUUGUAUUAAAAAGAAAAAGUAACUGCUAAUGCUCUUUUUAAAAAAGUAACGUGAGGACAAUCUUUUACACCAGGCCUACCCUACCCUGUUCCUGGAGAUCUACCAUCCUCUAGGUUGUCAUUUCUACCCUAAUUAGCAGCUCAAUGAGAUCUCUAGCUGUUGAGUGAGAUGCGUUUUGUUAGGAUUGGAGUGAAAACUGUUGGAGGACGGUAGAUCUCCGGGAAUGGGGUUGGGCAGCCCUGCUCUACACACUUAAUUGCUGCCAUGGAGCGUCCCACUGUAAACGGGUAUGUGAUGGGGUGCAGGAGUGAAUUGUGGGGAUGCCAACCAGGGCAGCCCUUUCAUGGUUUUGAAUGCGUGUAACACUCAAACUGUAUGGCCUUGCGGUUGACAAUGUGCAAUAAAGCACCUGGAUGAUUUCA